UUUCGUAAUCAUGGCGACAUGAAAAAUGGAUACUAAAAACAAAAUUUGAUACUUACAGUACAGAGAUGAUUUAAUAUAUGUAACACAUCUAAGACUCGCCAACUCUUGAACAGAUGGCUGCCAUGGAGGUAAAAUACUUUACAAUUUGUAAUUUUUACAUAAUCUUCCCCAAGAAGUUUUUUAAGGGGGUGUAAUCACCAAUAUAAUUAAAUAAAUCUAUUUACUCUUUAUUCUUAUAAAGUUAUAAUUUAUAUAUUUUGUUUCUGGUAUGUUCUGCUUCCUUUUGACAAACGGAGCUCCCCUAUUCUACAUGUUUUAUAUUAAUAGUAAUGUGGGGGAGGGGGGGGGGAGAGAGCACUCAUUCACUCAUGCAGCGAGCAUCAUGCGUGAGGCGUGACGGUUGAACUCAGGUAGAAAGGUUGAAUUUUUUCCUUUGGUAUAGGUGACUAUUAUUAUAUUAAUUAAUAAAUAGUAAAAAGAGCCACGGGUAUGGUGUAGCACUGUCUGUGGAUCUAUUGUUUAAGGCUGCCGCUAUUCGGACCCGGUAUCAGAAGUGAGAGGUUGGGUUUAUUAAAAAAAUAUCUAAAAUAUUAUUGUAGGGUUUUUACAACAAAUUAGAUAAGAUAAGAUUCUUUUAUUGAUCCAAAUAAAUGGAAAUGUUUUUUGAUUGCAUUAUUAUUAUCAUUAUACAUUUUCAGCACAAAAAUAAAACAAUUUGAACACAAGACAUUUAUAAUAAAUUAUUUCAAACAGCCAUUCAGUGAGUUCUCUUAGCAAAAUCGGGGACUUAUUAGUUCUCAUUCAGAUGUGUGACUUCAGAGGAAGCACGCCGGUAAAUUCGCACAGAUUGGGGAACAAAAGAAUUUUUAUAUCGAUCAGUCCUAGCCCUGAUGGAAAGAAUUCGUCCCGAAUGGCCCGAUCCUAAGUAUCUAGGAUGAAGAGGGUGGGAUGUAUCAUCCAAAAUGUGUUUAGUUUUGCAAAAACAUCUUUCUUCAAAUAGUUCUUCUAGUGAAGGAUGUUUAGUUUGUGUUAUGUUCCUAGCUUUCUUGAUUAGUCGGUUUAUGCGGUAUUUAAUAUCAGACAUAUCAGACGUUGAAUUCCUACACCAGCAGGUAAUACUGAAAUUAAGCAGGCUUCCAAUAGUUGCAUUGUAGAAUAAGUUAACGACUUGUUUGUUUACGCCGAAAUUGCACAGUUUUUUUGAGGUAGAGCAGUCUUUGAUUGAAUUUCUUAUACAGCAUUUGGCCGUGCUCAUGCCAUGUUAGCUUAUUAUUAAUGGUGACAUCUAAGUACUUGUACGCUUCCACUUUCUCCACAUUUUGAUUUUUUAUGUUGAGAUCUGUAAUCAGGUGUUUCCCCCUCCUGAAAUCAACAACCAUUUCUUUUGUUUUUGAGACAUUCAGCUGGAGAAAAUUUUCAUCGCACCAAUUGAUAAAGCUUGUAACUAAGUUGCGGUAUAGGCCUUCUCCUUCAGAUAUUAAACCAACGAUCGUGGUAUCAUCAGCAAAUUUUAAGAUUGGAACGGUGUCGCUUGAGCUUUGAAUAUCAUUUGUAUAUAUGGUAUACAGUACAGGAGAGAGAACGCAGCCUUGUGGUGCCCCGGUGCUUAUUUCUCUGGUUAGAGAUAAUUUAGAGGUUAUUUACUUCGACUUAUUGUGGUCGAUUUGUUAAAAAGUUUAGUAUCCAAGCCUGAAUGUUUAAAUUGACAUCUAACGAGGAAAGUUUCUUUAUCAUAAGGUGUGGUUGGAUGGUGUUAAAUGCUGAACAAAUGGUAUCAAAUGAAAGAUAAUUGAAUGGUCUAUUUGUUUAUAAACUUAAUUCUUCAUUUUAACUAAAAUAAACUACCACAAAUGACAUCCGAAUAGCAUUUAGUUCAAAGGAACCCGGGUGUUAAAAUUGCAAAAAAUAAAUACUUUUUAAUUAUUUUUUUACGUAGGCCUAUCCAUUCAGUAAAAAUUUAAAACUCACAGAAACCAAAUCUCAUCGUCUUUAUUUCCUACAUUUAACCAAGACACUUAUGCAGCAAACAAAGGCCAUAGUUUGAAUAGAAAACAAAUACAAUAUUAUUUUUAAUAGAUCUUAUUAAUAUGACUUAUAAUUCAUGUAUUGAAGACCAUUCUUAGGUAACUUAAAAAAUAUUAAUUAUAGUGAUUACAAAAUUUUAAUUUGUUUGGAGUGGUGAAUAACAUAAAUUUUAAAUUAAACGUCCCCACCCUCCUACUUUUUAGGGGUAAAGGAGCAUAGUGUUCUUAUAACAACCAAUGGAUAGUGGAUUUUCUUUAGCAGUGGAUUAUAUUACUCUUUUCUUUCUUUCUUUUUUUUUUUUGCAGGGCAUUAAAAAGGAUGCCAAUCCCAAAGUUACAACAAUACCUGGCUUAUCAUACAUACCAGAUAAGUUGGAAAUCACUGAAAAUCCGUAAGUGUUAAUAACUAUUUUAUUGGAAGUUACCUUGGAUUUUUAUAUGAUAAAUAGUCUAUUUCUUCCUGUAUAUCGAAUGGAUUAAGUAUUUCUAGAAAAGGCAAUGGUAAUAAUUUUAGAUAUUUUGUUUUUCAACUCAGAUCCGCUUUUAUUGUUCUAGUUUUAUCUUUCCAUAUAUCAGAAGCACAAAAAUUGUAUUAACCUUUUCCAUCCACAACUUUGUUUUUAAAGGGCUUUAAUGCUAAAAAUAGAAGCUGAAUUUCUAGACUUUGUUGUGUGCUUAACUGAUAUCUUGAAACUUCUACAUCUCAUUAAACCCAAACAUCUACGAUCAUUGGUGAGACCUUAAUUUUAAUAAUUGUGUGACUAUUUUAAAUGUUAUUUUAAUUUAUUUUAAUACACGAUGAAAGCAAUUGAUUUUGUUACCAAAAUUAUAGAUUUUGGAAGUCGCACAGAUAACACCCGAUUGCUUUGAGUGUCUAAUUGAUAUUUUUAUAGCAUUUUAUCGUUCCUACUUUCAUACUAUUAGGCUAUACUAGAACUAGAAAUGUGUCCCACUAUUUCAGAAUCGUACCUUUAUUUAAUUGAAGUGUUAAAAAGAUCUGCUGAAUUGAGAAUAGUACUUAGAUAUUUCAACUACAGUGUAGACUUUCUAGUAGUAAUUGAUAUCAACUAUUUGUAUAAUAAAAUAAAUGCAUAAUGGUGCGUAAAAUAAUUCUUUAUUCUCUGAAGUAUUUUUAAAAAACUGCUAAAGUUUGUUUAUCUUCUGCCCUAAUAAAUAUAUGCAGUCUAUAGGGGCCAUCUAUAAAGUAUGUCAUGCUCAGUAGGGGGGAUGGGGGUCUAAGAAAGGGUGAUGAUAGUUUGUGAUUUGGGGGGGGGGGGGGGUAAUGUCAUAUUUUGUAUCAUGCCUAUAAAAGCUGAAAUUGACAGUGAUGUUUAACUUUCUGUCUGCUGGAUGACUGUAUUCCGACAGAAUAUCUCACUUCAUAUUUUUUUUUAAUUAGUUGUUAUUUUUAUGAAAACAUUUGUUUAAUUUGGAAAUCUGACAUACUUUAGGGGGGGAUGGUCCAAAAUUGUUGACUUAGGGAGGGGGUGGAAAUUGCAAAAAUAGCUUGACAUACUUAACGGACUGCCCCAUAUCCAGUUAUCAAUCUAGCUGACAAAGUAACUAACUGUUUUCUAUAACAUACCAUGUGAAAUAUUUACUUCUAAAAAUAAUGUCUUACAAUCCUCAUGUCAUGUGAAUACAAUAUCAAAUUAUUCAAUUUAAAAUUAAAAAUCGUUUCCAAAUUUUUAGAAUCCAAUACCUCACAGUGUCAUUCGUGAAGUUAGAGUGUUUGGCAGUAAGGGUCCUCUUUAUAAAAAAUACGACAAGUGAGUGAAUUAAACAAAAGGGCAUUACUAAAAUAGUCAUUCAACAGAAAAAUUAAGGUUGCAAAAAGGGGGGGGGGGGGGGGGGGUUAUUUUUUUUGUCUCACAUUGUUUAGUAAAUAUCUUAUAUCCACCCUUUUGCAAGACGAUGUAAUGAUAGCUAAUAGCUAUACUCUUUCCAAGGAUUUAAAUAAAAUCAGAGAUGUAAACAGUUUGAAAUAUACAUGUAUAAAUAACUCAUGGAAGAAUAAGAUAAUUAAUUAAUAGGACACAAUAGAAGCAUGUUCAUUUUUUAAUUUUUUUUUAUUCAGGCACACCAGUGGGGCCAUUGCUGGGAUCUCUGCAUCAGCUGACAAUCUGUUUAAGCGAGGCAUGAGUCAAGCUAGUGGAAUGGUAUCCAAAACUAAACCUGUGCUGUAAGUAUUUUUUUUUCAUUUAAAAUCUUUACACUCUCAUUGUUAUAGACCUAUGCAAUCUUUAAGUUAUGUAUUUUUAUUGAGCUGUUUUCAUAUUUUAAAUUUAAGUAUUUUUUAUGAAGCUUAGUAACUAUUGUCAUAAUCUCAAGAUAAGCAUUUUAACAAUCACUAUAUGAGGAAUUCCUGCUUUCUAGUUAAACCAUGAUACUAAAUUAUCUUUUAAGAAAAAAAGAAGGCUUUAGAAAAAAACCUUUAGAAUCUGACUUGGUUGAGAUCACUGGCAAAAAAACAAAACCCUUGUGGCACUCUGUGGCCCUUGACCGACCUCCAGAUCCACUGCUUCUAAGUUUACUGUAAGUAUGCUUUCUUUGUUCAAAUUUAACAGAAAAAAAUAUUGAUAUUGAUGAACAGUUUUUAACCAAAAUUUAUUGUGUAUAUUGACAGCCUUUGAAAAAUUUAAUACAAGCUCAGAUUUGUAUGAAAAUGGUUAGCUAGCUUUUAUAUUGCAAUGUAUUUUAUCAAACUCUGAUGUCUUUUGGUUUAUAACUCGACCUUGGAUUCUGUCUAAGAAAAUUAAAAUAUAUUAAUCAACAAUUCCCCCCCACCACUUUUUUUUUUUACAUUUAAAAAAAAUACUUUAUAUUAACUUAGCUUUUGUUUGUGUGUUUCUGGCUGGGUGGCCAAAUCUUUGGACAGCUAAUUGAUCCAUUUACCAUCAAUCUAUCUGAGUCCAUCAAGCUUAAACUAACCACAUAGACUCGUUGCCAAAAACAACACAUUCUUUUAAAUUUUCAGUGCGACCCCCAACACAAAAAAUCAGUUUUUCCUGUUUCUCAAGGGGAAGAUGAAGGAAAUAUGAUGCAACUGAUUUCACGAAAUAAAAUUCCUGCGUUAAAUGGGAUUCUUUUAAAAAAUAUCACAAGUGCAUUUGAUCCAUAAUAUUGUCUUUUGUUUUUCUGAAAUAGUUGCUAAAAUAAAUUUGCAGUGCAAAAGAAUGUUAAAAAAAAUAAUAAAUAAUUAAUUCAUAGAAAGGAUUUGUACAAAAAAAACAUUGUUUUUAGGGGUUGUUUAAUUUGUCUCAAAAUUAAUUAUUUUGUUUAAAAUCUUCAAUCGGCUCAUGCUAGAAGUACUGUCUUCACAAAGAGGAGGUAAUAAAAUAAAAGUUAAACAACAAUACCUAUCAUGCUGCGGGACAUUAUUUUGCAAGGACAUAAUGCUAUUAUUUUUCUGACCCAGAGAAGAGAGGGUGGAAAAUGUCCUGGAUGAAGGGGCAAAUAUCAAGAUUCAGAGAGAUAUCAUCAACAAAAAAAAUAUCCCCGUCACAAGGUAAACCUGUAUUCAGUCUGAGUCAUGAUUUAUCUGCAACCAUUAAUGAAUUUAUAGCCUUUGUCUAUUCUGACAAUACUUAUCUACACGUUAAGGCUCAAUUCUGUUACACAAUUUUCAAAUCUACUUAUAUCCAUGAGCUUAUAUUCCUUUUGCCAUUCUUACAUUAACCUUCAUCUUGAAUUUUCUUUUAGAACCAAAUCGGAGACCAUGGUCAUCGCCAUCAAAUACUUAAUGCAGACGCCCGUCCGCACUAAGGAUGGACGCUUUCAAGACCAGAUGGACAUGAUGGCUGCUGCCGAUGCUGGUUUUAAAUCUGUUGAAGCUUACAAGAUAUAUUUGGAUACUCUGCGGCCUCAUUGGUGAGAUGAUUCAAACUGGAAGUGAUUGUGAUAUUUAUGUUUUCUUAUCUCAUCCUGACCUUUAUAUUAACCACUUUCCUGACAAUGAUUUAUAUAGAAACCUACACCUAGAUUUAUGGUUAGAAACAAAAAUUAAGUUCUUGUCAACACAACUGCAGAGAAUAAACAAACACUAACAUAUUUUUUCCUAUGAAUAUUUCAAUAUUUAGUUUACAAAGCAUUCAAUUAAAAUGGUUUCUUAUAUUUCUGCAUCCAUGAGACAUUCUCUCUUAGAUUAGCCUCUGAUUUUUUAAAAAGAUUUGGAACAAUAGUUACUAUCACUAUUUUAAUAUCAUAUAAUUAUGAUGAUACAUUUUAUUUAAUUAUUUGAACAGGUACAAAGAUUUACUCAAAGAUAGCAUCCAAACUGGCACCUUCAGCUCCAAAGAAGUCUUGUUGGCCUUUGAAGAACUUGGCCAUUUCUAUUAUAUGGAUGAAAACUCUUUGGUCCUAGCCAAAGUACGGUUCAAUAUCUAAUUUGGUUUUGGUCUUGAAAUUUGACAUUAUACAAGUCAUUAAUUUUUAUUCUAGAUCGUUUUAAAAUAAAGAAGAAAUUGUCUCCAAAAAAGGUAGAUCUGGGUUUAAACAUUUGAUCAGUCUUUUCAAACUUGAACCAUAUUAUUGCAAGUCUAGGAUAUAAUUUAUUUAAGUUUCAAAAAAUCUGUAGGACUAUUAUAGUGGGCAAUUAAUCACCAGGACACCAGUGGAUCAGCUCUCAAGUAACGGGAGCAACAGAGUUCUUCAAAAGUGCAAAUAUGUUUAUUUGGAUCUGUACACUUGAGCAAUGCCUCGGACAUGUUCAUCAUCACACCAGUCAUGCUAAUUCACUGUCCUUUCAAUAGUACCAAAGUGAGAGAGAAAGCAAUAUACACUUGACAUCAGUUCAUGUAACCCAUCCAAUCUUCUCAAUGCCCCUCUCAUCUCAUUCAUUGUUUUCCCUCCAACUCUCUCCGUCAUUGCUUGCCCACACAAGUUUUUCACUUAAUGCAUACUUUACUCCUACUUGAACGCUCACCCCACCCCAGUCACUGAAACAUUUCAUCAGUGAAGUAUUUUAUUCAUUGUUAAUUACACUUGACCACUUAUUGCCUCUGAUUUCGAUCAUUGUGUUUAGGCCAAGCUCUGUUACCUUGUCAUGUCUCUGCCAAUUUGGGACAUUGGCCGUCUGCAAGUUCAGCGAGUUGUGGAUGUAAGUGUUUUUUUUUAUGGAUUAUGAUUUAAUUUAUUUACUUUAGACUUGUUAUAGACACAAAAAUGUUCAUGACACAUUUCUUAACCCAAUUGAUUCAUUUUUUGGGAUAUUUCUAAGUCUCUGUAAGAAAUUAACAGUUUCUGAAAUAUGGCUUUAUUGAUUUCUUUAAAAACUUCCUUGUCCCCCUUAAUUUACUUACUUGUUUUUAAAUAGUAUGGACAUCUUGGUCUCUCUCUCCAGUUUAUCUUGUACAACAUACUGAAAGAGCCAAGGCAAAAGAACAUUUUAGAGGAAUGGCUGUCUAUGCGUAAACUCCCCUACGUGGUUCACCCACCUAUUAGAUCAGAUGACCUCUUGGCCAUGAAUGAAGUGUCAGACUUGAAAAUCCAGCCCAUUCUGCAGACCCAACAAGAAUCCACCAGUGAGCAGGGACGGUCCUCUCAGAUGAUUAAAGACCAAGAAUCACUCCAUGAAUUGGUGCAGAGGAAAGAAUUUCUUCUGAAAGCUGGGGCAAAGAAAGGUUCAAUACAAAAAGCCAAACCUAAGAAAAUGGGGCAAUAGCUCCCUAUGACCAAAAAAAACUACUAAAUGGGUAUCAGAUGGCCUUUUGAUUAAAUAUUUGAUGGCCAAUCAAGAAGAGGUUUGAAUUGAAACUGUUAAGGGAAUUUAGGUAUUUUUAAGUAAUUGUUUUUAAUCCAAAUGCAGUGAGUAAUUAUUAUAUUUAUAUUUUUUAUAUAUAAUGUAUUUACUAUCAUCAGAUGGUCAGUUGGGUAAUUUCAUAUUUUCACAAAUAUUAAGG